CGAACAAACCUACUACCAAAUAGGGCCUCUAAAUUGGGAUUGUCCGACCUUUAUACGAGGCCCUAGUCGGUAACUUGCCAUCCAAUUUUCCUGACACACCAUCUCCCAUAAGGCCAGUGCCCUUUAGUAGAGUAUGAACAGCAUCUUCACGUUGACUGACCAACGGUCUUCAUUGUAGAUUCACUGUUCACCGACCAAACCUGACCAAACUGACUAUGUUGCAUCCGUCAAUUAAUGUCAAGCUACUGUCAAACAAGUGAAAACCAACAAUCAUUUUGAAGGAAAAGACGGAACAAAGAACUGUCGAAUAUUGCGACAUGCCUGGAGGUUGCAGAUUUCUUAAACAGUCAACACGUUUACAAGAAAAGUCAUAAUUGUAUAAAGAUGGAUUUCGAAAGCCCUGAUGUUGAAAAAGAUUUUCCUGGCUUGUACGCUUCGGAAUCCGGGAGAAAGAGCAAUGAAAGCGACUUUAGUGACGAUGGACACGAUAGGCCGUCUAAGAAGGAACUUCUCAUUGGCAAACGUAAGGACAAAAAAGACAAAAAGGAUCGUGGAUAUGCUACGCUAGAGGGUGAAAGCUCCCCAGAAGAAGACAUCGAAACUAAGAGUCCAUCGAAGUCAAAAAAGUCUAAAACAUUCAAGUUCCCAUCUAAGAAGGAAAAGCGAGAGAAAUCCAGAGAAAAAGAUGGUAAGGAAAAGGAAACAGAUAAAGAGAGAGAGAGGAAAAAAAAAGACAAAGACGACAAGGAUACGGACAAAGAGAAACGUAAAGAUAAAGAUAAGGAGAAAUCUAAACAAAAGUUGAAGGAUCGCAAAAAAGGAAAACAUUGGGAAGAAACUGUUGAUAUUGGUGAAGAACAACCAAUCUUUGGCGUUGCUCUUCAAAUGGCUGUGGAAAGAGGCCGUUGUCAUGACGGAGUGGAGCUUCCAUUGGUUGUAAGAAAUUGCAUUGAUUACAUUGAAGAAUAUGGUAUGACUGUGGAUGGACUAUACAAAGUUUCAGCGGUAAAAUCCAAGGUCCAACAUCUGCGAAAACUUUACAAUCAACGAGAAGUGGUAGAUAUGUCAGAGUUUGAUCCCAUGGUGGCUACAAGUUUGUUGAUACUAUUUCUCAGAGAGUUGCCGGAACCAAUACUUCAAAAUGGCGAAGUUGUAUCUCGAUUUGAACAGGCAGCUUCAUUGAAAGAAGUUGCUUUGAGAGAAACGCAGCUAAUUGAUUUGAUAAGUCAACUACCCAAGUGUAACAAGACUCUUUUGGCAUGGGUGAUCUUGCAUUUAGAUCACCUCACUGCACAUGAAAAAACUACCAAAAUGAAUGCUCAGUCUAUCGCAAUGACACUGAGUCCAGUUUUGCAAAUGAGCCAUCGACUACUCUUGGCAUUGCUGUUACAUUGCAAAGCAUUAUUUGCAAAUGUUGAAUUAUCCAAGUAUAUUCCACCAUUGGCCUCUGGUAGUCCAAACUUACCAGACACUAUGGAUGCCAUAGCUGCCGAGUUGGCCAAACAAGAAUCAUUGCUGUCUCAAAUUCAUAUGCAAAUGAACGCAGGAUUUGUAACCAAAUUGAGAGAGGAACAAUUGUGGGAAGUGCAGCGUCUCAUAACGCAGCUCAAGAGAAAAUACAAAACUGUGCAAAAAUUGGAGGGAUCAACGCACAAAAGUUUAGAAGAAGAUUUGAAGUUAGGCGACGAGGGUAAUCUUGAUAUCAGUUUGCACAAAGCUAAGAUCGUUCCUGAGGAAGAUAAUAGUUACAUCAAAGCUGAUUAUCAGCCAUUGCCUAUGGCUGUUGUAGCCCAUAAAGAAAGUUGUUCUCAAAGUAUGGACGAAUCAAACGACCAAUGUGAUACACCUGAAGUGAAUGAGAAAUUAGGUAUGCUGCCUGCAAGUAAACACGUUUCGCAAACUAAAUGCAUCCAAGAAAAACUGGAUGCAUCAGCUAAUGAACUAACACCAGACGAAGUAGUUAAUCGAAACAGUGGGGAAACUUUGCAAAUUUUGAAAGCUCGACAGAUAUCUCUCGAUAGUGACGAGGAACUGAGAGAACGGCUGAUCUAUGGCGAAUUAUUAGCAAUGCAGGAAUCACUAGGAUCGCGUAUUGCCGAAGAGCGAGGUGAAAUAAAACGAUUGGCCGAACUUUUGAUGAAUAAGGACUUUGAAAGAAGUAAGCCCAUAGCAGUCCCCUGUACUCCCGAAGAAGCCGAUAGGGUUGCAAUAAUUGAACUUGUUCUGGAAAAUCAGAUGCUGGAGAAAAAAAAGGCCACACUUGUGAGAACUAUUAUUGAAGAAAAUAUAGCUUGCGUGGAAUUACGUGCACAAUUCCUGAUACAACAACUUUCAGAUCAAGACUGUAUGCUUGCUGCAAAAAAAAUUUAAUGGUUUCUAAGGCUCUGAUCUAGAUUAAGACAAUGCAGAAAGUGACUUGGUUUAGGGUACGAGCAAGCUGGGUGACUCCUUCAAUUUGGAUAUAUUUUGAGAUGAAUUAAGAUUAAAUUUAACAAAAUGUCAAGAUGGUAGUAUAUUGUAAUUACAGACUGUUAAAGAGAAAAUGAAUCAUCUGACAUCAAUAUGGUUUCAAUUUUCUGACUGAAUAGGUGAUGUUGAAAUCACCCAAGAUCUUUCUCCAUUAUAGAAAUUUUGUUAGCAGGAAUUUCUUUCCAUUCAAUCCCCAACGGAGAUUGCGUUUUAUUUUUAAUACUCCAUAAUACUGACCCAAGUUUUUAUCACAAGAUUGUAUAUAAGGACAUGAAUUUGGAUUAAUUACAUACUGGUUUAAUCUAAUUUGGUUGAGAAGAUUGUAACUCUGGUUAGAUACAGCUUUUUUCAAAAAUUCCAAGUCAUCUUUUUCAACCAUUCCAAGCAUAUCUUCACCAUGAUCACUCUCAUCUUCUGUUUCAACAUUUUUUGACACUAGUGUUGUAGGUGGCUGUUGCAACUGUUUUUGAGUUUUACGGUUUCUACGGCUCUUCAAUUUUCCCUGCUUAGAAAGUUUAGUCCUCGUCUGAUUGUUCCUUUUUAUCUUACUGAUUUUCGACUUUGCUAUUUUCUUGAAAGAAUGAUAGAAGAUGCAUAUUAAUAAAAGCACUAAAAUGUUAUGGAACUAAAGUUACUAAUAUUAAUGUAAUGAAAAAUCAGGGAAAAAAUCAUCAUUGUCCAAUUUUAAAACAACUUUCAACGAGCUUUUCAAUACAUGAGUAUAUUUUUUUAAAUUAUGUUUUGCUAAGUUUGAAACAAUCCUAAAGGUGUGAAGUAACGAUUUUUCCUCAACAUGCAUUCUUAUAAUAAUGUUACUAACUUCAAACUUAUUAAAUGCUGCAUAUUCUCUGACCACUGGGAUCCAGAUUGCAAAAAGAGCUGUUGUUAAGUAUGGAUGUUACGGUGCGAAAGGUUUGUAUCAAACAGUAAGGGUAACGUAGCAAAUAAAAAUUCAAAAUAUGUGUCUCAGUUUGUUCUAACACUAUGGAGUAGGGGUGCACGGUAUUUCAGUAUCUCCUUCCUCGAAAUGUAUCGGUACGGGAAUACCGAAGUUUCUGAUAACCUAAAGUUAUUUAGUACAGUUUAAUACAGAUUUUUCUUAAUCUUUUUUCCGACGAUAUUUGUAGAUUAAAGUCUACCGACAUUUCGAUAUUUCGGUUAACCCAAACUACCGAAUACGAAACCCGUAAUGAAAAUCGGUACCUAAUUUUCAAUACCGCGCACUCGUACUACGACGAAUCGGUUUUGUUUACUAUUCUAAGACCUCUGGAAAAUACGUUUUAAUUCAUCUCAAGCUAACUUAGACAUAAAUAUAGUUAUUACUGUUGAUUUUAAGAACAUUUACGUAAGAACAAGCUAAAAUGUGAGAAAUCACAAUUCUCUACAAGUGUCGAAAGUGUGAAUUUCCGGGAAUCCAUAAUACGGUAUAUAAUUUUUGAUGCAAUGAGCAGAUGUGUAGUAUGGCGCGUUGCACCAUUAGGUUAUGUCACCUUGUGCAAUCGGGUGAAGAAGACUUGUAUAGUGCAAAUAUAUAUUUGAAUUCACUUGACUUACCCCCAUAUCAGAACAAUGGUUUUUAAACAGAAAGAGUAAAUGCUACUUUUAUGCAGACACCACUUCCAGCGUCAAUGAAUUUCAAAAUUGACUCAAAGCACGUGGACGACGCGGGAUCGUUAACUCACGAGCAGGCUGAUCUCUGCUGAUGUCGCUGAUGACCGCGGGACAACAUUCAAUGCUGGGUGUAUUCCGAACACGAAAUAAGAGAGAAGGAGACCGAACUCUGCCGAGGCCGCAUCCCAAAAGUGGGAUCAAUUU